ACAAAGACAGAAGUGCAAGUGCUUGAGUCAUGAGAGAGCGCAAUGGAGGUGUGCAGGCAGGAAUGACAGCAGGUCCGGCAGAGUAGAUAACGCGUUUGCCCGUGAGAGGCUGGAGGAAUCGGCUCGAGUUGUUUGGAAGGAGCACGUUGAUAAAGAGCAAGUGAAAGUUUUGAUACCGACAACAGCUGGAAAAUGAGUGAGACCAGUAUUUGUGCGGUGAGGGCAACGGUCAUGCUGUACGAUGACGCCAGCAAGCGCUGGGUGCCGGCAGGAUCAGACACAGCUUCGUUCAGCCGCGUCCAGAUCUAUCACAACCCCGCAACCAACACCUACAGAGUGGUGGGCCGUAAAAUGCAGGCCGACCAGCAGGUGGUGAUCAACUGUCCCAUUGUCAAAGGAAUAAAGUAUAAUCAAGCCACAGCAAGCUUCCAUCAGUGGCGGGAUGCCAAACAGGUGUGGGGGCUGAACUUCGGCAGUAAAGAGGAUGCUGCUUCUUUUGCCAGCUCCAUGAUGAAUGCAUUAGAUGUUCUCGGAGGAGCAGCCCCGCCUGCGAAUGGACCCUCUCCACAGCAGCUAGAACAGCAGAGAAGACAGGAGCGCCAAAAGCAGGAACAGCAGGAGAGGGAGCGCCUGGAGAGAGAGAGGCAAGCCGCCGCAUCCGCUCCUCCUGCUCCCGCCGCUCCGCCCGCCCCGCCCGCCCCGCCGGCACCCCCGCCGCCUCCAGGACCACCCCCACCUUCCUCUGGGUCGGCCCCCCCUGCACCUCCGCCACCUCCUUCUGGAGGCAUGGCCCCACCCGCGCCACCUCCUCCACCUCCUGCGGGAGGGGGUGGCGGUGGAGGUGGUGGAGGAGGAGGUGGAGGAGGAGGAGGGGGAGAUGGGGGUCUGGCUGCAGCUCUGGCAGGAGCUAAACUGCGUAAGACGGUGAAGAAUGACGACGACGCAGCCCCAAAACCGGCACCGUCCUCUGGUGGAGGUGGAGGAGGAGGAGGUGGCCUAAUGGGAGAAAUGAGUGCCAUCCUUGCAAGGAGGAGGAAAGCUGCAGACAAGCCUGUUGAAAAAAAGGAAGAACCUUCCUCUGGGGAUUCUGACUCGGCAUCAAAACCCUCACCAGAAACCAAUCCGCUCAAGGAAAAAUCUGUUACUCUGCCAAGGCUCAAAUCCACCGCCAGUAAUCAAGGGGACUUGGUGAGAAGUCCCAGCUCCGCCAAUUCUCCCACUACUGCAGGGUCCAGGGUCAAGGUGGUGAAAAAGAACUCUGAGGUUUCAGAAAAGGACUCGGCUGAUUUGGAACAAAUCAAACAGGAAAUUCUUGAAGAAGUGAAAAAAGAACUUCACAAAGUGAAAGAGGAGAUUAUCACUGCACUGCUCCAGGAGCUAAGACUCCCGAAAGACUGAAGAAUCGAUCAAGUCAACAUUGGAUACUUGUUAAUGUUUUUUUUUUGUUGUUUUUUUUUUUUAAUGUAAUGCUGAGGCAAUUGGUAUAGUUCAACCUUUGGAAGAAAUUACGUUACUUUUAUUUCAGAUAGGAUUUUCCCCACGUUCCUGUCUACUGAAGUUUAUUAAGCAACUAUAAUAAAAUUGUCUUCCAUUGAUAUUUUAAUUAA